GCGCGAUGGGAGGAUUGAGAUAGAACUUCGUCUCGACGCGGUUCGGCUAAUCCGGAUACCGACCCAACACUUGGAACAAUGUCGUCGGCAACGCCCUCCUCAGUCACCACCGAUGCUCCUCCGCCGAAGCUGCUGAAGAAGGGCGACGCCAAACCCACGUCGGCUACGCAAACCACAUUUGGCUGCCAGCAUAUCAAGAACCUGCUGGCGAGUGCGCGGCAACAGGCGACAGAUGGCUACAAGAGACUCAUUGGUAUGCUCCAGAAGGAGGACAAUAUUAGCUAUAGGAUAUACAAGGGCAACGGCGGGCCAGGAGUCACUACUCAACCGACAUAUCUGUGCAUGCAGUGUCCGAAUGUGAGUAUAUCAAGAGAGAGACAUCACACAAAGCAUGGAUUCUCCGUCGAAUCCGAGAAUGGCUUCCUAUACUGCCAUGAAUGCCGAGAUUUCGUCUACGAUCCGACUUUCGAGGAGAUCCGAACAGCUCCGACGAGCAAGAAGCGGAAGGCCACGACGGACUCAUCGAUACCUGACAGCGAUAAGAAGGUUGUAGCGGCAAAUACCGUGGCCACACCAUGCGCUGCGACAGGCCUUCGAGGUCUCUACAAUAUGGGCCAGACGUGCUUCAUGUCGGUCAUCCUGCAGUCGCUGAUCCACAACCCACUCAUCCGCACCUUCUAUCUGGCAGAAGGUCAUCGAUCAUCCGAAUGCGAACGAGAAGCAUGCACGUCAUGCGCAUUGGACGACAUUUUCACCGACUUCUACGCCACCGAGAAGCAUGAAGGAUAUGGUGCUGUACACAUGCUUCAGGCAUGCUGGAAGAGUGGUGGUGCUCUGGCAGGGUACAGUCAGCAAGACGCGCACGAGUUCUUAGGGUUCAUACUGAACAGUUUACACGAGGCGAAUACAGAAGAUGAAGAGAAGAAAGAAACACGAGACUGCGAAUGCGUAAUACAUCAGACAUUUGCCGGCAUGUACAGGAGUACAGUAAAAUGCACAACAUGUCAGAACACGACCAACACGUCAGAAGCUUUCAUGGACCUGAGUUUGGACGUGAAGAGCGCUGGGUUCAGCAUUAAGAAGAAGAAGCUGGCGAUGAUCAAUGGCACACAAACAGUGAAAGAGGCUUUGCCAGUAGAUCUUGUCGAAUGUCUCGUCAAGUUCACGACCGAGGAGACCCUGUCAAGCGAGAGCUACCACUGCCCGAAGUGCGAUGCUGCACGAGAAGCAAAGAAGAAGCUCAUCCUGACGCGACUACCGCCGGUGGUCCCAAUUCACCUCAAGCGCUUCUCGCAUUCGAAGACAAAUGGUCAAAGCACGAAGGUCGACACCAGAGUCCGCUUUCCCUUCAGCAUAGAUCUCGGGCCAUACACAGAUUCCAACACUGCAGACGUGGCCGAUGGUCACGACGCAGAUGACGACGAAGAUAACAUCAACGUCAAAAUGCCUUCCAAGAAAGGCGAUCCCGAGACAGCUGGUGAAGCACAGCAGCCAGUCUACGAGCUCUCGUCAGUCAUUGUGCACAAGGGCAAGAUCGACAAUGGCCAUUACAUUUCGUAUUCAAAACAGGGGACUGAGUGGUUUCGAUUUGAUGACAGCAUGGUGGUGCAAGUGGACGAGAAGGAAGUGCUUGGGGCGGAGGCGUACAUGCUAUUCUAUGUGGUUUCGGAUCUGUGGUAGACUCGGGCAUUACUUGUGGGCAUGGCGUUUCUGGAUAUUAUGGUGUGGCAUACAGACCAAGCGGGCACGGGAUUGUGGAAACUCGACCUGCGGGUCUGAGCAUGCAUGAUAUUGGCGUUGAAUGUACUCACAUAGGCUUGUUUGUACAAGGAUUCUUGAUACGCG